CUUUAUGGAAAUUGAUAUUUUCAACCGCAAAUGUCACUUGUACCAACGUAGCUGAAGUGACCACACAGGAGCUGACAGGCAGUGCAGUCAGGUAGCCGAGGACAUUGCCGAAAGUAAGAAGAAAUUCCCAGCAAAUUACCGGAAUGAUCAAUGAUCCUGGCAGAAGUCCUUCGGUAUUUGCCAUUUGCAGCAGGAAGAGGAGUUCCGGGUAAUUGGAACUGGAGCGCAAUGUGUGAAAACCAAGGGGCACAGCCAUUAGUUUAAUGCUUUUUUGCGGGCAGAACAAAGGCCCGGCAUGAAAUUCUAUGAGAGCACCAAUCAAACUCAUAAUUAGCAUAAUUGCCGCCGAUCGAGCCGACGCCAGGACAAAUUCCCAGACGGCUUUCGAUUUCCGAAUCUCAGUUCGAAGAUCGCUCUAUUUCGAUUUCUAGGAAUUCGUGGAUUUAUUUGAUAAAUUGACCAGAAACUCGUGGCCGACUUAACGCCCCCGCAGGAGUGGAAGAUGAGGGCCAGAAGGGGUUAAUUGCCCUGGGCCCGUCCUCGGGGAAAGCAGCAUAAUUUCCCUGGCCCCGUCUCCAUCACGUGUCCAUAUAUGUGCAGGCAUUCAGCGGAGCAUCAAUAUUUUGGAAAUGCAGCGUCAGGCGACAGAUGGCACACGCUUUUUUCGGAUGAUUUGGAAUCCAUACAAGCAGCCCAACAGCAAACGGUGUGUGUGGCGCCUUUUUUUAGGGCACUCGUGGGCGGGUGCAAAUAGAAAUGUGAGUGAAAGCGGUGGCAGCUGGUGUUGGAGAUGCAGCGCAAGUGUCAAGGCUGUCUUACCAUUUCUUAUGUGGUACGGAUUUCGCCAUUAAUUUGAAUUUCGAUAAGCAGAGGAAAGGCGCGCUAACGACUACCGAGUGUCUGACGAUGGCAAUCGACUACUUUUAUGAAAAUGAUGUGGCAACGCUGGAUUUGGCUGGCAACACUGCAAUAUGCGCACAUUUUGAAAAUUUUGUAUACGGCGUUGCCCCCUCUUCGGUUUGACUAUCGCCGAAAGGGUCACUCUAACGCGCACAUGUUUUUGUUUUGUUGACAAAAUAAGUCGCGAUGUCUCGAAAGAAGUGGUCUUCGCUGGACAAACCACCACUCUCAGAUGCCGUGCUCCAGGUGGUGCAGAGCUUCGGCUUCCAGCAGAUGACGCCCGUCCAGACGGCGGCCAUUCCGCUGCUCCUGGCCCGCAAGGAUGUCUCCGCGGAGGCUGUGACGGGCAGCGGAAAAACGCUGGCGUUUCUCGUACCUCUCUUGGAAAUCCUGCAGAGACGCCACAAGGAGACGCCGUGGGGUCCCAAGGAGAUCGGUGCCCUCGUCAUCUCACCCACCAGGGAACUGGCCCGCCAGAUCUCCGAAGUGCUGGCACAAUUCCUGGAGCACGAGGAUCUGGAGCACCUGAAUCAACAGCUAAUUGUGGGUGGCAACAGCAUCGAGGAGGACAUAGCUACGCUGCGCAAGGAGACGCCCUGCAUUCUGGUGUGCACGCCCGGCCGACUGGAGGAUCUCUUUCAGCGCAAGGGGGAUGAUCUGAAUUUGGCGGCACGGGUCAAGAGCCUCGAGUUCCUGGUGCUCGACGAAGCCGAUCGUCUGCUGGACCUGGGCUUCAAGACGAGUGUAAAUAACAUACUGGGCUACCUGCCCCGCCAGCGACGAACUGGCCUCUUCUCCGCCACCCAAACCACCGAGGUUACGGAUUUAAUCCGAGCGGGGUUGCGAAAUCCCGUACUUGUUUCGGUCAAGGAGAAGGCCUCCGUGAAUACGCCCGCCCGCCUGCAGAACUUCUACAGGAUUGUAGAGCCGGAACGCAAGUUUCUGGCCCUGCUGGAGUUCCUUAGUUCCCCCGGCACUCGAAACGGGAAGGUUAUGGUCUUCUUUCCCACCUGCGCCUGUGUGGAGUACUGGGCGGAGGCCUUGCCGCCCCUUCUUCCCAAACGCACAGUGCUGGGAAUCCACGGAAAGAUGAAAAACAAAAGGGCCAGCGUGGUCGAGAAGUUCCGCAACACACCGCAGGCUGUACUCCUCUGCACGGAUGUACUGGCGCGCGGCUUGGAUGUGCCCGAGAUCGAGUGGGUGGUGCAGUGGGAUCCACCCUCGACUGCCUCCAGUUUUGUGCAUCGGGUGGGACGCACUGCUCGACAGGGUAACGAGGGCAACGCUCUGCUGUUUCUCCUGCCCAGCGAAGAUGCCUACAUACACUUCCUGAAGAUCAACCAGAAGGUGGAGCUGAAUGAACUGCCCACCGAAGAGGAGGAGAACGAUGAUGUUGCUGAAAAGAAGGAACUGCCAUCCGUUUUAGAGCAACUGCAUCGGCUGCAGGUGGCGGACAAGGGCGUCUAUGACAAGGGAAUGCGCGCUUUUGUCUCCCAUGUAAGGGCAUACACCAAGCACGAGUGCAGUGCUAUUCUCCGGCUAAAAGAUCUGGAUCUGGGCAAAAUGGCUACUGCCUACGGCCUUCUGCAACUGCCCCGCAUGCCGGAGCUGAAGAACUACAAGGAAGGCGGCUAUAUUGCCCCCACCUUCGAGGUGGAUCUCACCAAGCUUACCUACAAGAACGCCCAAAAGGAGCAGGUCCGACAAAAAAAAAUGGAAACGUACCAGGAGACGGGGAGCUGGCCCGGCCAGAAACAGCACAAGAAGCGCGUCGAGUCCUGGGAUCAGACCAAGAAGGCCAAGCUGGAUGCCAAGUCCAAGAAGGAGCUGCGCAAGGCCAAGAAGCAACGAAAGAAAGCAGCGGAGGCAGAGGCGGGAUCUGGAAAGGGAAAGAAGAGACAGCAGUUCAGCCAGGAGGACCUCGACGAACUGGCCAGCGAUAUCCGACUCUUCAAGCGCCUCAAAAAGAACAAAAUCAGCGAGGAGGAAUUCGACAAGGCCAUGGGCAUCGAGGGCGACAAUGAGUGACCUGUUUAGGGGAUCAAUUUUUUGAUUAAUAAAUAUCUGUUAGGAAAA